AUGGUAAUCGCGUUCAUUCAUUGCAUCGGUAUUCGAACAGACGUUCAUCAGAAUUUUCGCCAUACUUAUCAGAGCAAAUGUCACAUCCAUCAUCGAGUUUGUUGCAGGCAGUACACGGCCUUUACUACGGGGCGAUCUACGCUUUCCCUGACCCAUAUCGGAGCUCCGAAUUGCUCAACCUCAGGGUACUGUGGCAAACGAAGUCGAGGAGUUUUUGCUCGCACCUUUCCGCCACGUCUUGCACUAGGCUCAGGUUUCGGAGGACGGGGUGGCGGCUCUUCCGGACAAAAACUUACCUGCUCAGAGGAGAAUCCGGAGGGGGGAGGUAGUGGAGAUUCUAUAUUGACAUGCACUAGUCUCAUUUCGAGACGGCGCGAUUUUGGUCGUAGAGAAGGAACCAGGCUUGAGGGAAACCCGAUCUACUCUUUGAAGAGACUUUUUAGUUCAAUUCGUAUUUCUCACGUGCUACUGGCUUUGAACGUCGGCGUUUUCGCGCUUCAAACGCUUAUGGGACCCAAUGUACUAAUGCGUGGAGCGAAAGUGAACAGUGCGAUUACUGCUGGCCAGUAUUAUCGUCUCUUCUCACCGAUGUUUCUGCACGCGAGCGUUAGCCACCUGUUAGUGAACAGUUUCUCUCUUCACUCUACUGGACCUUCAGUAGAGUCAUGGUUUGGAAAGCCCCGUUUUUUGUCUCUGUACAUUGCGUCGGGAGUGAGUGGGAAUGUUCUAUCGUACUUUUGUAGUCCCACGCCAGCUGUUGGAGCAUCGGGAGCUAUCUUUGGCUUAGUUGGCGCUUCGUUGGUGGUGUUAGGGCGCCACCGUCAGAUCCUGGGUCCACGGGCGCGGAAAGGAUUACGGUCGUUGGCAUAUGUUGUCAUUAUGAACUUUGGAAUUGGACUGACUCCUGGCUCUCGCGUGGAUAACUUUGGACAUCUCGGGGGGUUUUUAGGGGGUAUCGCAUUUUCAUACUUACUUGGUCCGCGCUUGACUGUGCAAAAGACGAAUACGGGUCGUAAGGUUUUACGCGACAUUCCAAUUUUGAGACAAGCCGUGUCGGAGAUGGAGGGACGCUUGAAAGAACUCCAGGGUCUCAUUAGACGGAGAUGA